CCUUCCCCAGGGAAUGUGAGGAAACGUUCCUGCAGCAAAACCAGGUCUACAACGAAACAGGUCCUGUUAGUACUCCACCUUAGUCACAGACAAACAAAAUGUCCAUUCUCAAGAUCCACGCUCGUGAAAUCUUUGACUCCCGUGGGAAUCCCACCGUCGAGGUAGACCUCUACACCAGCAAAGGUCUCUUCAGAGCUGCUGUUCCAAGUGGAGCUUCUACCGGGAUUUAUGAAGCCCUGGAACUUCGCGACAACGACAAGACACGCUUCCUGGGAAAAGGUGUCUCAAAAGCUGUUGAGCACGUCAAUAAAACAAUUGCACCUGCACUGGUUAACAAGAACGUAAAUGUUGUGGAGCAAGAAAAGAUUGACAAGCUGAUGCUGGAGAUGGAUGGUUCAGAGAACAAGUCCAAGUUCGGGGCAAAUGCAAUUCUGGGGGUCUCCCUGGCUGUGUGCAAGGCCGGUGCUGCUGAGAAGGACGUCCCCUUGUACCGCCACAUUGCAGAUCUGGCUGGGAACCAGGAUGUCAUUCUGCCAGUCCCUGCCUUCAAUGUUAUCAAUGGUGGCUCCCAUGCUGGUAAUAAGCUGGCCAUGCAGGAGUUCAUGAUCCUCCCUGUUGGUGCCGAGAACUUCAAGCAAGCCAUGCGCAUUGGUGCCGAGGUGUACCACAACCUGAAGAAUGUCAUCAAGGAGAAGUACGGGAAGGAUGCCACCAACGUGGGUGAUGAGGGCGGCUUUGCCCCCAACAUCUUGGAGAACAAAGAAGCUCUAGAGCUGCUGAAGACAGCCAUCAGCAAGGCUGGCUACACUGACAAGAUCGUCAUUGGGAUGGAUGUAGCAGCUUCUGAAUUCUACCGCAGUGGGAAAUACGACCUGGACUUCAAGUCCCCUGAUGAUCCUAGCAGAUACAUCACUUCUGACCAGCUGGGUGACCUCUACAAGGGUUUUGUCAAGAAUUACCCAUUGGUUUCCAUUGAAGACCCUUUUGACCAAGAUGACUGGGCUGCUUGGAAGAAGUUCACAGCCAGUGCGGGCAUCCAGGUGGUGGGCGACGACCUGACAGUGACCAACCCAAAACGCAUUGCCAAAGCUGUAGAAGACAAGUCCUGUAACUGCCUGCUGCUCAAAGUGAACCAGAUCGGCUCAGUCACAGAGUCGCUCCAGGCCUGCAAGCUCGCCCAGUCCAACGGCUGGGGUGUGAUGGUGAGCCAUCGCUCUGGAGAAACGGAAGACACUUUCAUUGCGGACCUGGUGGUUGGGCUCUGCACUGGACAGAUCAAGACUGGUGCUCCCUGUCGAUCUGAACGUUUAGCCAAGUAUAACCAGCUUCUGAGGAUUGAAGAGGAACUGGGAAGCAAGGCCCGCUUUGCCGGCAGGAACUUCAGGAACCCCCGUGUCAAAUAAGCCGCUUGUAGGCUCUGAUGAGGCUCUUCUUCCCUGGUUGUGGUUGAAUGCACUAGUCACCUAAAUUUGGGGGGAGGGUUUAAAAAUAAAACCGACCCUUGUGGUACCUGCAUAGUACAAUAGAAGGGCAGCUGAUGGAACCAGAUGAAACUCUUUGCAGGUCCUCUCAUUCUAGGUGACUCCAUCUAGUGCGUUCCAUCUUCUUUAUCUAUCUCAUAUCCCCAGCUCUGAUCUGUUGCUUUUAAAAGCUCAUGGCUGCUUUUUGUGAACAGAUACCCUCCCUUACCCAUCUCCGUCUUCCUGUAGAAAGUGUUUCAUUCGGUGUAAUGAAACGAAGGAGAGUGUCCCACUGUUGCUGGCAGGAAAGUUGUAACGCUGCCGCCAUUUUUUUUGGCCUUCCUCAUGACUGAGGGUAAUGAGUGUUUAUUUCUCCCUCCCUCUCCCUGCUUCUCUUUCUCUCCCCCCCCCCUUUUCCCAACUUAGUGUGUGGAAGCUAUGUAACUUGCAGUGCAGCCUGAGGUGCCUGCAAAACAGCAAACAGUAGUUCUCAUGUGAGGUAAAUAAAAACAGAAACUUC